AUGGUGGGGGCAUGCUCUCGAUGCAAGCUGAAGAAGUUGAAGUGUGACGGAUUGGUACCUUCUUGUUCACGGUGCCACGAACUGGGCCUCCAGUCAUGCUACUAUCCUCCUGAUAAAAGAGUGGACAAACGUCGAAUGUUGAACGGUCAAAGUGCUUUUGUAUUUAAGCAUUCAAAUGAUAGAAAAAGAGCCACUCGACGAUUUCCACCUUCAAUUGACCAUAAUGAAAAUACUUCGUCAAAAUUUUCUGGAAUAUUGACGAGUUCAAGUCUGCGAUUUCCCGAUAAUAACGUAUUGGAACUACCAAAAAAUCCCGACCAAUUGUCAACGCAAACGUGGUCUGAAAUAGGGGAAAUUGGUGAGCUUGCUUGUGAUUUCGAUAUUGAUCAAUUUUUUCAGUAUUUGGAUGGCUCACUUAACGUAGAAUCAUAUGAUAAGUCUAUUAAGAAUUCUGAAGUUCCAAUCUACGAAACAUGUAACGGAGAAGCUGCUUCAAGACAGACGUUGAUAGAUGCUGUCUUUGAAAAUGAAGAUCAUACUCCGCAGGCCAUUUCACGAGCCAUGAUCGAACUGAUAGCUCUGACGACACAAGUUUCUGAGGAUGAAUCGUUUCUACUAAGCACUGUGCUUACUGUAGGAGCAUUAACGCUAGCAAAGCGGGAUUUUGUUGAACAGAGAAGCAAGCAGCUACUCUCUGGCGAUAAUCUGGAACAUCCUCUAAGGGCUCCUUUCGUGGCCUCCGAGGCUUACAUCUAUUUUCUGCAAGCGAGAGAGUAUAUACCCAAAAUAGUGGGGAAUCCUACCAGACAUGGGUUUCGUGGAUUGUCACUCAUAUCUAACCUCAUGACUAUGCUUCUUACUACAGAAUCACAGAUGUACGUUUCAUAUCAUGCUCUACAUGUUGCAGUGUCCAUUGGUUUGGAUAAGAUCGCUGUUCUUGAUGCACACAGCGAUGAUUUUGGGCUUGUGAUUGCUUUCUGGGAGAUUUGGUGUGCUACCUGUAUGCUUUCCAGUUUCCAUGGCGUGCUUCCGCCGAUUAAAAGGGAAGAUAUCAAAACUACAUUGGAUUUGAGUAUUGUGCCUGAAUACGCCAAUACUUUUUUCCAGUUGAGGGUUCAACUUGCUGAGCUCCACUGUCAAGUUACUACGAUAUCCCACCCUUCAGAAGCCCACAUGUCUGAUGCAGAAAUGCGAAGGGCCUUGAUGACUCUAAUGCUGAGAAUGACCAAACUAGAAGAGCAGUACGCAACGGAUGAACACACUUUUAAAAGACAAGAGCUCUUGAUCUUGGAGCUCAAAUGUUGGAAAAGCCAGGUAAUUAUGCUCAGCAGUUUACCUUCUAUGAUGCUGAAGAUCAAUGUGAGGGCAGUUGUGGAAGCCCGGAAUAUCAUCAAGGAGCUUUGGAGUUACUAUAAUCCAGACUCUAUUGCUGAGGGAUCGAUGCUUGCGCACUUGGACUGGAACUUUACUUACCCGCUUCGAACAGCCACCAUUUGUGCAUUCACCGCCACCACUGUCAUUUCUCGCUUCAUAUCGUCAGAAGCCUACUUGACCUACGAUUAUUUCGAGUAUCAGUUGGGACGAAAGGUUCUCAUUACAUUGACCAGUAUAAUGCCUGUGAACAAGCACUUCCUUCUGGACUUGGAUGCUAUGAGAGAUUUAUAA